UCACUCUUUGUGGGGUAACAAAAACUACAAACCCAACUUUCUUUCGUUUGUGUUACUAUCAUAGCAUGUCCUUCUUCUUCUUUGAAAAAAACCAUAGCCAUAAUCAUUCAAAAAAAUCUAAGUAAAAAAACAAAAAAAAAAACCUCUUCAAACAUGGAAAGUACCGAUUCAUCGACUGGUUCGCAACAACCGAAUCUCCCGCCUGGAUUCCGAUUUCACCCUACAGAUGAAGAGCUUGUUGUUCAUUACCUCAAGAAAAAAGCAGCUUCAGCUCCUUUACCAGUAGCCAUCAUAGCUGAAGUUGAUCUCUACAAAUUUGAUCCAUGGGAGCUACCAGCUAAGGCAACGUUUGGAGAGCAAGAGUGGUAUUUCUUUAGUCCAAGGGACAGGAAGUAUCCGAAUGGAGCUAGGCCAAACAGGGCUGCAACUUCUGGUUAUUGGAAGGCAACUGGUACCGAUAAGCCUGUUUUAACUUCUGGUGGGACACAAAAAGUUGGUGUGAAGAAAGCUUUGGUUUUCUAUGGUGGGAAACCACCAAGAGGUAUCAAAACCAAUUGGAUCAUGCAUGAGUAUAGGCUUGCUGAUAAUAAGCCUAAUAAUAGGCCUCCUGGUUGUGACUUGGGUAACAAGAAAAACUCUCUCAGGCUUGAUGAUUGGGUUUUGUGCCGGAUCUACAAGAAAAGCAACACACAUAGGUCACCGGUGGAACAUGAUAGGGAAGAUUCAAUGGAUGAUAUGAUUGGAGGAGUACCACCAUCAAUCAACGUGGGCCAAAUGAGUGUUGCAUCAAGGUUUCAUAAUUUUUCAAGGUUGUCAUCAAAUAACUACAACAAUGCAUUGUUGGAAAAUGACCAAAAUUUAUUAGAAGGAAUGAUGAUGAAUAACAACAAUACUUUAGGAGGUUCAAAUUCAAAGGCUGAACUAUCUUUUGUACCAACUAUGACAACAUCUUCAAAUGCUAAUUCACCUUCCAAAAGAACACUCUCUUCUCUUUACAAUUGGAAUGAUGAAGAUGUUGCAGCUCAAGUUGGUACUUCAUCAUCUAACAAAAGGUUUAGUUUGGAAAAUGUUGUGAGGAAUGAUCAAGAGAAUGGAACUGUUGCUACUUCUUUUGCUUCUCUUCUUAAUAAUCUCCCUCAAACAUCUUCAUUGCAUCAACCACAAACAAUGUUGGGAUCAAUACCAUAUCAAAUUCAAGGGAUGAAUUGGUAUGGUUAAUCACUAAACUUGUGAAUGAAUCAAGAUUUAGUGGUACCAUAACCUUACACACUACUCUCUCGAAUAUCGUGCCGCCGACUAGAUUGUAAAGAAGUGUAUUGAGAUUUUGGUUGUUAAUUAGGAAUUUGGAAGCAAGUUAGAGUUUUAAUCAAUUAGCUAGAUGGUCUCAAACUUGAUCUUCAGCCAUUGGAAGCAGUUGCAGCAUGCAGGUGAGACCAUGGAUAUUUUUAGUUAAAAUUUAAUAUAGCUUUAUACAUAUAUAGAUAUAGAUAUAUUUGCUUGUUUUUAUUUUUAUUAGUAUAAAAAUAAAAAAAAUGUUGGUAGCUCUUUCAUGUAAAAAUUGUUUAAAAGGGAGGGAAAAAGAUUCAGAGAGAGAGAGAAUUAGUAGUUAUAUUUUAUAUAUUUUUAUUAUAUAUACAUUGAUUUAGGAUACAUUUGUAUAUAUGGAUCAUAUACUUGUAGAACAAGAUCUACUGAAUGAUGCAAGAAUUAAUUAAAUUGCAAAUGGUGACUAUGGUUUGUAGUCA